AUAAAUACAAACACUAAACACAUUUCCUUUGUGUUCCUCUCCGACGACUCUACCCUCUUCUUUGCUACGCCGUUUCUCCUCUUCGGGACAUCACCACCAUUAGCUCAACAAUACGUUUCUUGUUCCUGGUUUACAGAAAUGGAGAAAGAGAAUUCUAGCAUGGAUAUUUCAGUUGGAGAAAAAGUCGUUCAAGAACCUACUAUUGAUAAUAAUGAAGUGAGUUCAAAGCUCAAAGAUGUUAAUGUGGAAAAUUCUGAAGCUGUUGAUGAUAAUGAUGAUGAUGCGGAACCGUCCGCUGAACAAAAGGGAGAAGUUGCUAAGAAGAAGAAAAAGAAAAACAAAAGCAAGAAAAAGAAAGAAGUGCCCCAACAAACAGAUCCCCCAUCCAUUCCUGUUAAACAACUUUUCACAUCUGGGGAGUUUCCUGAAGGGGAAAUCCAACAGUAUAAAGAUGAUAACUUAUGGAGGGUGACAUCUGAAGAAAAGAGGGAGUUAGAGCGUCUACAAAAGCCCAUAUACAACUCUGUUCGGCAAGCUGCUGAAGUUCAUCGACAGGUUCGGAAAUAUAUCAGAAGCAUUGCGAAGCCAGGGAUGUUGAUGACGGACUUGUGUGAGACUUUGGAAAAUACAGUUCGUAAAUUGAUAUUGGAAAAUGGACUACAAGCUGGCAUAGCCUUUCCUACUGGUUGCUCUUUGAAUUGGGUUGCUGCCCAUUGGACACCAAAUUCUGGAGAUAAAACUGUGCUAGGAGAGAACGAUGUCAUGAAAUUAGAUUUUGGAACUCAUAUCGAUGGAUACAUUGUAGACUGUGCGUUCACCUUAGCAUUCAAUCCUAUGUAUGAUCCGCUAUUAGAGGCUACACGUGAAGCAACCAAUACAGGGAUUAAGGAAGCUGGAAUUGAUGUACGGCUUUGUGAUAUUGGGGCUGCUAUUCAAGAAGUAAUGGAAUCAUAUGAGGUUGAAAUUAAUGGCAAAGUUUUUCAAGUUAAAAGCAUCCGUAACCUGAACGGGCAUAGCAUUGGCCAAUACCAGAUUCAUGCUGGAAAAUCUGUACCAAUUGUGAAAGGUGGUGAGCAGACGAAGAUGGAAGAGGGUGAAUUCUAUGCUAUUGAAACAUUUGGAUCUACAGGUAAAGGGUAUGUGAGAGAAGAUCUGGAGUGCAGUCAUUACAUGAAGAACUUUGAUGUCGGAUAUGUUCCAUUGCGGUUACCCAGAGCCAAACAACUAUUGGCAACCAUUGAUAAAAAUUUCUCCACUCUAGCUUUCUGCAGGAGAUAUUUGGACCGCCUUGGGGAGACGAAAUAUUUGAUGGCACUGAAGAAUCUUUGUGAUGCUGGCAUUGUUCAGCCCUAUCCCCCACUUUGUGACGUGAAGGGAAGUUACGUAUCUCAGUUCGAGCAUACAAUCUUACUUCGCCCUACUUGCAAAGAGGUUGUAUCAAGAGGUGAUGACUAUUAAUGGAUCUGCAGCUGGGUGCUGAUUUAUACUUGUUAUUCAGAUUUAGCUACUUCAUACUCGACAUUUGAUUGUUCGCUUUAUGUUGAAACACGGUAACUCCUUACGGUGCUUUUUGAUAUUACAGUAUACUCUGUUCUUUAGGUAUGUUGUUUACAUUUUCUUUCGUCUUGUAAUGCUAAUUAUUAAAGUGUUAUAGUUGAUAUUGACUUGAUCGGAGAACAGAAA